AUGACAGAACCUUCAGAUACAGCAGUAAACUUGAAGACCAUUUCAAGAAUCUUCCAUGAACUUCUGUUCAAGAACAACACCAGAAUAAGUGAAAAGGCAUUACAAUUGUCUGGUCAAUAUAUACGACUUUUCAUCAACGAAGCAAUUAUUAGAUCUAACGAACUAAGACUUGAAGAGAUCAAGGAACAAGGACAAGUGGAUGGGAUUGAUAAUGUGAAGAAGGAUAUGGGUGAAGAUGAAGAAGAGGUUCCUGAUAUGACAAUGGACGAAGAUUUUGAAGAACCUUUGACUCAAAUGCCUGCAAUUGAAGAGGAUGAUACUUUAGAUGCUAGACACUUAUCUAAAGUAGCUGGAGUAUUGUUGUUAGACUUCUGA